ACUUCAUAUUUGCAAGUUGCAUUGACGUCUGACGUACUGUCCAGUAUAUAACUCCCUACUUACUAAGAUUGAUUGAAUCGGGGAGUCGUGUUUUUAAUUUCAAUUUAAACUGGCAAAACGUUGCAACGUUGCUGCAUAUUUUUUUAUAAUUAACUGAAACUAACCAUUUAGUUUCAAAUCCACCUUUUGAUUUAUGAGUAGAAAUUGAGAUUCCGGCUAAUCUAGAGAAUAUAACGAAAAGAAAUAUUAAAAUGACUACAACCUCAAACCUAACGGUGUCUUCGCCAAAUAUAAAAUAUACCGACGAUUAUAUAUUUUCCCAGUAUGAAUAUCAGGAAACUCUUGUUGAUACGGUGGAUAACAAGUUGGUGGCAAAGCCCUACAGUACAUCACUAUCAAUUAGAACUGAUCGAAGAGUGGGGAAAGUUGGUGUAAUGCUGGUGGGUUGGGGAGGCAACAAUGGGUCCACGUUCACAGCCGCUGUUAUAGCUAACAGAGAAAAGCUGACUUGGAACACCAAGGAUGGUGAGAUGGAUUCUAACUGGUAUGGCUCUAUAACUCAAGCAUCCACAGUUCGUCUCGGUAUUGACGAGAGGGGUAUGGACGUGUACGUUGCUAUGUCACAGCUGCUGCCAAUGGUUGAUCCCAAUGAUUUGGUUAUAGAUGGAUGGGAUAUAAGCCCCAUGAAUCUAGCUGACGCCAUGGUGCGUGCCAAGGUCAUAGACUACGACCUGCAGCAGAAGCUCCGCAAGAAGAUGCAGACCAUGAAACCCCGUCCGGCUAUAUACGAUCCGGAUUUCAUAGCUGCCAACCAGGCCGAUCGUGCUUUAAACCUCAUCCGCGGCACUCGACACGAGCAGUACCUACAGAUAAGAGCUGACAUCAAAGACUUCCGAGACAAGAAUAACCUGGAUAAAGUCAUCGUAUUGUGGACAGCGAACACUGAAAGAUUCUGCGAAGUAACUCCGGGUGUUCAUGAUACAGCUGAGAAUUUGCAGAAGGCUUUACAGCAGAAUGUGUCCGAGGUGUCCCCUUCAACCAUCUUCGCCAUGGCAGCCGUCGACGAGGGGUGUUGCUACAUCAACGGCUCUCCUCAGAACACGCUGGUCCCGGGGCUGGUGGAGCUCGCUGAGCGGAAAGGAGUGUUCGUGGCCGGGGACGACUUCAAAUCCGGUCAAACCAAGCUCAAAUCCGUGCUAGUCGACUUCCUGGUCACGGCCGGUUUGAAACCGGUGUCCAUAGUAAGCUACAACCACCUGGGAAACAACGACGGAAAGAACCUCUCGGCUCCGAAGCAGUUCCGCUCUAAAGAGAUAACGAAAAGCAACGUGGUAGACGACAUGGUGGAGGCGAACCGUCUGCUGUACUCCGAGGGGGAGAAGCCCGACCACGUGGUCGUCAUUAAAUACGUCCCCUACGUCGGCGACUCUAAACGCGCCAUGGACGAGUACACGUCCAAGAUCCUGCUGCACGGGACCAACACCAUCGCCGUCCACAACACCUGCGAGGACUCGCUGCUGGCCACGCCGCUCAUCCUCGACCUGCUGCUGCUGGCCGAGCUGUUCACCAGGGUCAGCUUCCGCAGGGACGAGUCGGAAGAGUGGAGCCCCAUGCACGCGGUGUUGUCUUCCCUGGCGUACUUGUUGAAGGCGCCCCUGGUCCCGGCCGGAGCUCCCGUGGUCAACGCCCUCUUCAAGCAGCGAGCCAACAUAGAGAACCUGCUCCGCGCUUGUCUCUCGCUGCCUCCGCUACACCACCUGCAGCUCGAACACAAGGUGCCGUUCCUGAUGAAGGAGCUGCGUUCGGGCGCCAUGUUCGAGUCGCCGCCGAAGAAACAGAAGCUGUCCCACCAGAACGGGGAUCACUGAGCUGCAGACCUCCGUCGUUAUAAUUGAUAUCCAUAUUACUCUGCAUCCUCCCCCCGAUAUUUCUUUCUAAGCACAAAGCGUCAAACGCCUUCUGCACACUAUUUUUCUUUGAACAGUAUUAUUACGAGAUAUUUUGUCGGAUCUGAGUCUCACAAACCGUUUUGUUAUAAACGAAGCGUUAGUGUGUGUUUGUUCCGGGGCGCGGCGCUCCCGGAGAUGUUUUGUUUUGUUUGUUGAUUACUAAUUCCGGUUUCAUCUUCCCGGGAAUCGGAAUCGGAAUCGAAACCUGUCGUUACUAAUAACGCGGACGGCGUUAUACUCAUUAGUGAGAAAUUAUUAAGUUAUUUUUUUAAACUACUCAAAGCUAUAUAAAACAGUAGAAUAGAAUUUUGAUGGAUUUUUACAUAAAAAAAAAAAAUAUAAUUUGUAAAGAUUUUACCACUUCAUGUUCCUACAUCCUUAACGCGGACGUCUGUCACACUGAGUCGCACUGUCCGCGAGCGCGCGGCGGCCGCGGGCCGGGCGCGUCGGCUGCCGGAUAAAAAUGAAUCUUUACCUGCGUAUUGAUGGAAACUUUCGUCUGAUCUGAAGCCAGUUGAUUCAACGAGUCCUCGUGUUUACCGGAACGUGUGAUUAUUGUUUAGUAUUAUGAUAUAAACGUCGCGACGGACGCGUUUACAUAUUUUUAGGUAGAUUUACUGGAAGUCGAGUCGGGAGCUGCGCGGGCGAGUCCUCCCGCCGGUAUGUUAUGAAAUGUUACAACAAGCCACAUCCGGGUCCGCGCUGACGGGUUCAGAUACAAAUGUUAGUUGAAGUCGAGGCUCCGUCGCUCGGAGCGCCUCUACACACAACCUGUCGGACGAACACGUGUAGAGUUCAUCUGAACUACACCGACCUGCGGCAGUUUUGUUGAAAUAAAUACAAUGAUUGGAA